CAAAGCACAAGAAAGAAAGAAGCAAAAAUGUCGAAUUGCAGAUUUCUCUACCACAACGGUGUCGUUUUAGAGGCUCCUCCCGUCACCACCUUCCUUGAAUCGCUCACGGGUGCUUAUACAACGACGAGAACGAUAAACAAUGGCACUAGUUUCUUGUUCUGGGAGAGACAUAUGAAGAGACUUUCUAGCUCGAUUCGUAUCCUUUUGAAUUCAAAGCCUGAGCUUUUGUUCAGUUCUGGGUCAUCACCGCGGUUUUGGAUGAAUCAACCAGUUCCUCAUUCGAGUAUAUACGAUCUAGUCAAUGGUUCUAUGAGCGAGGCCCUGAAGUCUGUUGUUGUCAAGGAAAGUGAUAGAAUUUAUGGAGAAGAAUUAGCGGUAACUGUUCUUGUUACUGGUAAUGUGGAGAAAUUGAAUAGGUUAGAUGAUGGGAACAAAUGUGAUGAGGAGAGAAAGGUUCUGGAUUUUCUAGAUGUGUGGUUGCAUUUAGGUGCAUACUCGCCUUUCCCGUUAGGUGUUCGAGAAAAUGCUGCGAGUUUGGCUUUGGUUGGUCGUGGACGAGAUGUCGCUGCUGCUAAAUACUCAGACUGGGUUAGGCUUAGGAAGCCUCUGGAGAAGUUUAGAUCUCCUUCGACCACUGAACUUCUUUUGUCAAACGAUGGUGAUCAUUUGCUUGAGGGCUGCAUCACAAACUUUUUCGUAGUUUGCCGCAGGGUGAAGUCAUCAGAGAAUCUCUACGGCGGGAGUUUGAGCGAGUUUGAGGUGCAGACCGCACCUAUAACUGAUGGUGUGCUAGCAGGAGUUAUAAGAGACCUUGUCAUCGAAGUCUGUUUAAGCAAGGGGAUUCCAUACCGCGAGAGAGCACCUUCGUGGUCUGAGCGUGAGCUUUGGGAAGAAGCCUUCAUUACAAGUAGUCUGAGGAUUUUGCAGCAUGUAGGGACGAUCAAAGUACCCAUUGGUUCAUUGGAGGCAUUGGCUUGUAACAAACCUGAGGAGAUUCAAUGGAAGGAGAAAAGGUUUAAGGAAAGACCUGGGAUGAUCACUGAAUUAAUUCAGAAAGCGGUAAUGGAGAGAGGUAUUGAACAAGGGUUCCCGUUGAAGGCCUUUUAGUGCUCUUCAUGAUUUUGCCAAAUAGCUGAAAUGUUGAUUCGUCUAUGGUUUGUAUUGACGCCAAUAUCUUCCCAAAUCAUCACUGAUUAUUGUUUCAUCGAUCUAAUGUUUAAAAUGUUCUCAUUUUAAUAUCUGUAUUUGGUAGUUUAUUGUCAUACUUAUGGUUGUGUUGCUUCAAUAGCUUCAAAGAUGAAAAUUAAAAGUUCUUUUGUUGU